GUAAGCCAAUAAUUGACCAAUUGGUUGGGAACUUGGGACAGUUGCCAACAAGUAUAUUGCAUAAGGGCACAUGCGUCCACCGGUCCACCACGUUGGCAGCUUCGAUCCUCGAAACUGUUAAUGGACUAGAGGCAGACGCGUUAAAACUUCCUUUAAGAACGCAAGUUUACCGACAGUUCUUGUUUGACCUACAGUAACCUACAUUGCGCUGAAGGUGUGGCAAUGUUUUAGGGGUUUCUCUGCAAUAAUUAAGUACACACGGCAAUAGUAAUGUGUUUCGGCACACAACCGACUGCGAUCUGUUAUUGCGCAGUUUACACAUUAACUAGGGACGCAAACGCCACAUAUAAAGAGAUUUAAAAGCCUUGGACGCAGAACAAAGACUUACCGUGCAGGUAAAUGUCUCUAAACGUGUAAGCGAUCGCACUACUAUUACCGUUACACCUUUUUUAGCUAAUGUUGGUACAGAUAGGCGCGGUUUGAUUGAAAUUAAGCAGUUUCUGUACCUGGCAUGGGCAAAGUCGCAGAGAAAAUCAACGGCAAGGCUUGUGCCGAUGAUGAAAAUUUGGAUUCGAAAUCAAAUUCAAAUGAAAAAGAGAAAUUGCCGAAAUCAAAUGAGAUAAAGUCGUCCACCUCUUCGGACAUCAUCGAAGAUGAAGAGGACGAGUUGGAAGGAGGAAGAUUCGGAUAUGGGAGGUUUACUCCAGACUGGUUGCAGUGUUGCAAUAAUGCAAAAGGAUUUCUUGUCGGUUAUUCAUUCUUCGUGAUUGUGCAAGGUAUGCUGGUCAAUGGCUUCGUGAACGUAAGCAUCACUACAUUGGAAAAACGGUUUGGACUGCAAAGUUCUGAGACCGGUAUCAUCUCGGUUGGUUACGACAUCGCGUUCUGCAUUCUCACAAUGUUUGUCACUUACUUCGGCAACCGAAGUCAUCGGCCGCGUAUUAUUGCAAUCGGUGCUUUUAUUUUAGGGUUAGGGGCUUUAAUGUUUUUCCUUCCACAUUUUACGACGGGCUUGUAUUCUUACGAAGACGGGUUUGAAACUUUAUGCACCGGUAAAGAAGGCAGUGACGGUUGUACUUCUAGUUCGUCCUACCUCAGCAACUAUGUCUAUGUGUUUAUAUUUGCUCAGAUUAUACACGGUAUUGGUUGCACCCCGCUUUACACUCUUGGACUUGCUGUUAUAGAAGACAGCGUCCCAAAGGAAUCGGCCAGCCUUUAUUUAGGAAUUGGUAAUGCAGCUUCAAUCUUUGGGCCUGUGUUGGGGUAUGGUGUUGGUGGAAUUGUUUUGGGCAUUUGGGUAGACUUCGAUAAAGUUGCUUCAGAUGAGAUCACGUUAACUCCGGUUGAUCCCCGUUGGGUUGGAGCUUGGUGGCUUGGUAUUAUGAUAUCUAUGGCGUGUGCCUUUCUCCUUGUUAUUCCGUUUGCCGGAUUUCCAAGGCAAUUCAAAGGAACCGCCAAGUACAGACGAAUGAAAACAGCGGAAGUGGAUAAAGACACAGGUGGAGAAGUGGCAAAGAAUGAGAAUUUCGGAAAUUCCUAUAAAGAUUUUCCAAAAGCGCUUCUUAUGUUGGCGAAAAACAAGACCUACGUUCUUGUGACGCUUGCGGAUUGCUCUGAGGCGAUACUACUCAGCGGGUUUACAACUUUUCUUCCGAAAAUUAUCGAGAAUGAGUUUCAGCAAACUGCAGGGCUAGCUGCUAUUAUGGCAGGGGUCAUCAGUAUCCCAGGUGGAAUAAUUGGGCACGUGGUUGCUGGUCUGAUCAUUAAAUGUUUUAAACUGAGAACGGCAAGCAUUUUGAAGUUUAACAUCGUAUGCUGCUUGUGCGUGUGUGCUUUGUCACCUUCUUUGCUUCUGUAUUGCCGAAAUCGCGACGUAGCAGGAAUAACUAAACCAUACGGCAACGAUACCACGAUGGAAGGCUUGGUAGCCACCUGCAACGAAGAUUGUGUUUGCCAGGAAGAGUUCUACAUACCAGUGUGCGGUCUGAACAAUGUGAACUAUUUCUCCGCUUGUGCCGCUGGGUGCAAGGAAGUCGUACCAAAUGGGACUUUAACGUAUUACAACAACUGUUCAUGUAUAAACGUCGAGCCUGUCGACGGGUGGCAGGCCUACCCUGGAAACUGUAAAACGAACGACUGCAAUUCUCUCGGACCAUUCCUUGCCGUGUUCUGCUUCUGCGUCAUGUUCACUUUCAUGUCUUCAACUCCGGCUCUAGUUGUCACUUUCAGAAUUCUACCAGAAAAGAUAAGAACUUUUGGGUUGGGUGUUCAGUGGCUUUUUAUUCGAGCAUUGGGAACCAUCCCGGGACCAAUAAUGUUCGGUAAUGUGAUCGAUCUUACUUGUAUACUGUGGCAGAAACGACUUUGUGAUGAUAGCAAGGGAUCUUGUUGGAUAUAUAACGCAAAAGAUUUGGCAAUUAAUGCGCUGAUUAUUUCGAUUGCGGUCAAAAUAACAUCUUCUGUUCUCUUCGGCCUCGCGUGCUUCUUUUACAAACCGACUUCAGAAACAGAACCGGGAGAUGACGUAACGAAAGAAGAAGAAAUGGUCGACAAUAUAACAGCUACAGUUAACGAGGCUUUCGAAAGUGACUUAAGUGACACUGAAUUAGAAAAAUGCAAAACAUUCUCGGAAAACGGCGAACUGUACACAGUUUUGUAAUUUAAACUAUAUACAUAGGGUGGAGGAAAAUGGGACACCUUUUCGUUCUAUUUUCUCUUCCCAUUUGAUGGUAAAUCAAGAACGUUCAAAGAAUCAUAAAGCCGUAUCGUCACGACCCCCAUUGACGAUUGUUAAUUGUUUAAAACUCGAUCAAAACAUUUGGAUAGUAUGUGCCAAAGGUGUCCCAUCUUCUUCCACAGUACUAUAUGCUAAAAUAAUUUAUUAAUUAUUUCAGUUUAUUAUAUUUCAUGUUACUUUAAAAAUAUAAAGAGUUACUGUGUCUACUUAGGUCCUACCUUUCUGUAUUAAGUUUCGGUGUAUGUUGUGUCAUUGCUGAACGUUUUAACGCGGUGUAUGCUUAAGUUCUAAUGUUUUUAAAUGAUUCCAUUAUUUCUAAUAAAGUUCGGUUUUACUUGAAA